AUGCGCGUCGUGACAUUCUUGCUGGUUUUGGUCCAAUGCCUGAUUGCCAUCUUUGGAGCAACCCAUGCCUCUGUUCUUCCAAGCGUGAAUGUGAACUCCGCAAGGAACUUGAACCUAAGAGGAGGAGGUGAGGACAAACAGAAGCCGGAAGGCAAGGGCAAGAAGGGAGGAAAGGGAGGAAAGGCUGCGGGACAGCAGGAGAAAGCUGGAGGAGCUGAGGACAAGAAGAAGAAGUGA